UGGGUACCUGUUGGCUCGCAAAGCAUAUGAGGUCAACGAGAAACUCGUUGAGAAAAACAUUUUCUUUUCUCCUCAUUCAACCCUGGUUGUUGCCACCCCGGGAGUUUCACAGGAUGUCCAGAGUCUGUCUGUGUUCUGGGACGUUUCCCAAGAUGAUGAUCAUCUGAUUGCCAACCAGCUCAAAAGUAUUUCUACAAUCGACUGGACGCAGCCCAUUUUCUUCUACUCGACUCCACUGGUUUUACUGGAAAAGCUGCAAACGCUUGCGCUAAGAGGCAUUCUUGGAGACGGCUACCUGACGCCUCACAAAUCAUUCCUUGGUCAUCUCUAUUCGUUGACUUCGCAACCAAAACUUGAACCAAGGCUCCCAAAAGGAUUGGAAUUCAGAGAGCUCAGAGAGGAACACAGCGAUACCAUGUACAACCACUGGGAAAACAACUUCUGCGAGACAACAGACGCUUACAGAGGUUUUUUAAGAGCUUUCCCUGGCGUAGGCGUCUUUCAGACCAAUGACCAUUGCAACGGUAUCGCCGACAGCCAAGUAAGCAACGAACAUCAGCGAACUCAAGGCGGUGAAUAUUUGUCACAGGGAGACAACUUGUCUGACUCACCGGUUGCAUGGUCCCACAUUUCCCCUUACAAUGUGUUGUCAAAUACUUACACCAUGCCCGGAUAUCGCUGUAAAAAAUUAGCGCUUGCUGUUACCUUAAUUUUAGCUAAAACUUCCAUUCAAAAAACUGGUUAUGCAGCAGCCUGUAUACUUGAUGACAACUAUGCUUCAAUCAAGUUGCAUGAAAGCGUGAGGUUCACAAGACAACAUCCUUUUGGGGACCAGUAUUUCAAAAGUUCCCUGAGCACCUGCAUCUUCGAUGGUCUAAAGGCAUUUGCUUGAGACACAAUCGUGGUCACGUAGCCCUUCAACGCAAAGAAACCUAAUUCACUUCGUUACACUUUAUGGCUUUGUUUGCACGAAGGACUACUAUCAGUGCCGUGGAACUUCAUUUUUUUUUAAUUGUGAGUAUCUUGGAGCUAUUCAUUUCCCUGUGGUAAUAUUUCCAAAUUUUGAGUUCCUAGUUACCGCUAAAACUGAAACAGUUUGUUUUUCCCUAGAAGCUAAUGUCCUUCAAUACCAAGUGCAUAUUGUAAAAGCACUGUCUUGGCGAUAUGUUAUUUUUAGUAUGCCCAAUAUUUGAAUCAAGGUAUAUAGAAUAAGGGUCUCUAUAUACCUUGAUUUGAAUCACUUAAAACUCUUGUUUCAGCAGAGGCCCGCAAUCACAACUGUUCUGUAUAUUGUACUUAAUUUUGUGUUCAUCAUUUGGUUUUCAAGAGUUGUAUUGAUUUUAAGGAUUAAAUGAUAUAAAACAGAAUUGGGUUGCCAAGACGAAUUACGGACAAGGUCUGCCAUAUCUAACGUACGCAUUUAAGAUUCUCUUUAAGUCUUUCUUCAUUUUGCCAUUUACUACGAGUUUUUCUACCUUCAUACUUCGAAGGCCAUUUUUGCUUCCAACUAUUUCCCCUUACUUUUUUCUUGAAAACUCCAUGCGUCAUCUGAUAUGCUUCUAUGUGAUCUUUCUGUCCAAAAGAUGCACGUCAAAAUUACUUUUUGAACUGUAAAAGUGAAAGACAGGAAACACAUGAAUGGCAUAGUUUUUCGGCGGCUGCUAGCGCCGCUAGCGGUUGAAGGGCGAUGAUGAAUAUGUUUUGUCUUCCCCUAUUUGCAGAGCCGCCUUUCGUAUAAAUCACCAGAUAUUUUUUUUUUCACAUUACUUUUAUUUAUGCUUACCCUAGCAUAAAUAUUGAAUUCAGAAAUUUGGAAAACCUUAAACCUGUUUGAAAAGCACCGUCCAUUAAUUGUAAAUUUCACGGGAAAAAGUAGAUAUAAUUGAUGGCAGCAUUUAUGAGGUGCGUUUCUUCAGUGAGAUAUAAAACUAAGGAGGAAUGUUUCCAAAUUAUCGUGCAUGUGUUAAGCGUGGAUGCGUUUCUCAGUAAUACUAAGCAUGUUAUAUCUGAAUUAACCACGUUCUCUUCUAAUGUCAUAGUCAUAAUAUUGAAGAAGAACGAUUUUUAUUGGAAACAAGUUGACACUACCACUGAGUUUCUUUGUUUAAACUAGAAUGUGAUGAUUCACUUGACAUAUACAUUUUGAUAUAUCAAAUAAACCAUAUGUAAUGGGGAGAUUCCCGCAUUACAUUAGGUAAGCGUGUAGCACGAACGGAAGGCAAACCAACACACA